GCAGCACCGAGCUGCGGACGCCCAGCAGCCGAGGAAGCAUCAGCGCGGCCAUCGCGAGCGCCCCUGAGCACGGGAGCCCAGUGCCACAUCACCGCGCCCACCAUGCUGCCGCUGCUGCUGCCGCUCGCCCUGCUAGUCGCACUGGCUGCCACUGGUGACUGUCAAGGCCCGGUGGCUGCCGACAUCGCCACCUGCGUGGACCUGAGGCUCACGACCUGCGCGGACGGCACCUACAACCGGACGAGCUUCCCCACAGCGCUGGAGCACCGGUCGCGCGAGGCUGUGGAGGCCAGCGCUGAGUACAUCCUGCUGAGCGUGCUGCACCACCUCCUCGAGGGCCAGUGCAACCCCGACUUGCGGCUGCUGGGCUGUGCAGUGCUGGCCCCCCGCUGCGAGGGCAGCCGGUUGUGGAGACCCUGCCGGCGUGUGUGCCAGGGCCUGCAGGAGGCCUGCCAGCCGGCCUUCGAUGCCAUUGACAUGGCCUGGCCUUACUUCCUGGACUGUGCCCGCUACUUCGCGCCCGAGGAGGAGGGCUGCUUCGACCCCCUGGAGCAGCUUCGGGGUGACCUGGAGCCUGAGGAGGCCCUGCCCUCGGGCCUGCCGCCCACCUUCAUCCGCUUUGCCCACCACUCCUACGCCCAGAUGGUGCGGGUGCUGAAGCGGACGGAGGCCCGCUGUGCCCAGGUGGCCAAAACCUACAGCAUCGGGCGCAGCUUCAAUGGCAAGGACCUGCUGGUCAUUGAGUUCUCAGGCCGGCCCGGCCAGCAUGAGCUCAUGGAGCCCGAGGUGAAGCUGGUCGGCAACAUCCACGGCAACGAGGUGGCGGGGCGCGAGAUGCUGCUCUACCUGGCGCAGUACCUGUGCUCUGAGUACCUGCUGGGCAACCCCCGCAUCCAGCACCUGCUCAACACCACGCGCAUCCACCUGCUGCCCUCCAUGAACCCCGACGGGUACGAGGUGGCGGCGGCCGAGGGAGCUGGCUACAACGGGUGGACCAGUGGGAGGCAGAAUGCACAGAACCUGGACCUGAACCGGAACUUCCCGGACCUGACAUCGGAGUACUACCGCCUGGCCGGGUCCCGGGGCGCACGCACAGACCACAUCCCGGUGCCCAAGCACUACUGGUGGGGUAAGGUGGCCCCUGAGACCAAGGCUGUCAUGAAAUGGACGCGGGCAGUCCCCUUUGUGCUGUCCGCCAGCCUCCACGGGGGUGACCUGGUGGUGUCCUACCCCUUCGACCUCUCCAAGCACCCCCUGGAGGAGAAGAUGUUCUCCCCCACUCCUGAUGAAAAGAUGUUCAAGCUGCUGGCCAGAGCCUACGCUGACGUCCACCCUAUGAUGACUGACAGGUCGGAGCACAGGUGCGGGGGCAACUUCCUGAAGCAGGGCAGCAUCAUCAACGGUGCCGACUGGUACAGCUUCACGGGAGGUAUGUCUGACUUCAACUACCUGCACACCAACUGCUUCGAGAUCACAGUGGAGCUGGGCUGUGUGAAGUUUCCGCCUGAGGAGGCGCUGUACGGGCUCUGGCAGCACAACAAGGAGCCACUGCUCAGCUUCCUGGAGAUGGCACACCGGGGCAUCAAAGGCAUGGUGGUGGACAGGUUCGGGAAGCCGGUCAAGGAUGCCCGCAUCAUUGUCAAGGGCAUCCACCACGAUGUCACCACAGCUCCGGACGGAGACUACUGGAGACUCCUCCCACCGGGGUCACACAUGGUCACUGCACAGGCGCCCGGCCACGCCAGGGUCGUGAAGAGAGUCACCAUCCCCCUCCGCAUGAAGAGGGCCGGCCGCGUGGACUUCAUCCUGCAGCCCCUGGAAACAGGGCCCAAGAAGUUCCUGCCCGCGCUCCGCAGAGCUGUGACCCCUUUCUGGGUUGUGCGGGCCGAGCAGGAGCCCGAGCAGCUGGGGGCGCACAGGUUGCCGGGGGGCAGUGGGACCAAGCCCUGGUGGUGGGCCUACUUCACGUCCCUGAGCCCCCACAGGCCACGCUGGCUGCUCAAGUACUAGGGGCCGAGCCGCACCCAGGGCCGGGCUGUUUCCCCACCCAACAUGGAACCUGCCAUCGCCAUUUA